CAAGUAGAAAUUAAUCAAUUAAACAAAGAAAAAAAAAAGUAUUGAUAAAUAAAUAAUUAAAGAAACGACAUUUAUUUUUUCAAAUACCAAAUAGUCUUUCCAUAUUGACCCCGCCUUCUCCAAUUUUCAGAACUCCCAACAUGCUUUUUUCCUCCGCCACCAACCACCACCGCCACCGCCACUGACGGCGGCGCAACUAAGCCCCUCCACUUAGAAUUUCUCGUGACGAACACCAUUUUCACACCAUGGGAAACUGCAACGUCUGCUUUAGACCUUCGGAAAGCGAGCCGUCAACUCCCAUACGACAACAACCACCACCCAGAAAAAAACCGCCGCCGCGCGAGCGCUACCCAAACCCUUACGGCAACUCGCCCACCCCGAUCCGCGUGCUGAAGGACUUCUUCCCCAGGACCAGAAUCUCCGACAAGUACAUCCUCGGCCGGGAGCUCGGCCGCGGCGAGUUCGGGGUGACCUACCUCUGCACGGACCGCGAGACGCGCGAGGCGCUCGCGUGCAAGUCAAUCUCGAAGAAGAAGCUGCGCACGGCGAUCGACAUCGAGGACGUCCGCCGCGAGGUCGCCAUCAUGUCCAGCCUGCCGGACCACCCCAGCGUCGUGAAGCUACGCGCCACCUACGAGGACAACGAGGCCGUCCACCUGGUCAUGGAGCUCUGCGAGGGCGGCGAGCUCUUCGACAGGAUAGUGGCGCGUGGCCACUACAGCGAGAGGGCGGCCGCCGGCGUCGCCAGGACCGUCGCCGAGGUGGUGAGGAUGUGCCACCACCACGGCGUUAUGCAUCGGGAUUUGAAGCCGGAGAACUUCUUAUUCGCUAAUAAGAAGGAGAGCUCUGCUCUCAAAGUCAUCGAUUUUGGCCUCUCUGUAUUUUUCAAGCCUGGGGAAAAAUUCUCUGAGAUUGUGGGAAGCCCAUACUAUAUGGCACCAGAGGUACUGAAGAGAAAUUACGGACCCGAAGUCGAUAUCUGGAGUGCCGGCGUAAUCCUCUACAUCUUAUUGUGCGGUGUUCCCCCCUUUUGGGCAGAAACGGAGCAAGGCGUUGCACUAGCAAUAUUAAGAGGAUCGAUCGAUUUCAAGAGGGAGCCGUGGCCUCAAGUUUCGGAAAGUGCGAAAAGUCUCGUUCGGCAAAUGUUGGAUACGGACCCGAAAAAGCGUUUGACAGCCCAACAAGUUCUUGAUCACCCGUGGAUACAACAUGCAAAGAAGGCUUCAAAUGUUCCACUAGGCGACGUUGUCAGGGCAAGGCUCAAGCAGUUUUCCGGCAUGAAUAAAUUCAAGAAGAAAGCAUUGCGAGUUAUAGCGGAACAUUUAUCGGUUGAAGAGGUCGAGGUAAUGAGAGACAUGUUUGCUUUGAUGGAUACUGAUAAUGACGGGAAGGUAACAUACGAAGAACUUAAAACUGGUCUUCGGAAAGUCGGUUCCCAGCUGGCUGAGCCCGAGAUUAAGUUGCUGAUGGAUGUGGCUGAUGUUGAUGGAAACGGAGUGUUGGACUAUGGGGAGUUUGUUGCAGUUACAAUACACUUGCAAAGGAUGGAGAACGACGAGCAUUUCCGGAGAGCGUUUAUGUUCUUCGACAAAGACGGGAGUGGAUAUAUCGAACUCGACGAACUAAGAGAGGCUUUAGUAGACGAAUCUGGCGAAACUGAUGUUGAUGUAAUAAACAACAUCGUGCGAGAGGUCGACACAGACAAGGAUGGUCGAAUUAGUUUCGAUGAAUUUGUUGGGAUGAUGAAAACUGGAACGGACUGGAGAAAGGCGUCGAGGCAAUAUUCAAGAGAGAGGUUCAAGAGUUUGAGCCUCAAUCUAAUGAAAGAUGGCUCUCUUCAGCUACACGAUGGCUUCACCGACGAAGCUUCUGAGUUUGCGGUAUUCUUGGUUCACAUUCGUGGGAUUUAUUGGCUGUUUUCGAACAACAAAGGAAUGGGAUUUUCGGGAUGAUGGUUGGUAUAUGAAAAGUUUUUAUUUUUAUUUUUUGUUCAUAGGAUAUUCAAUAGGUGUAGCUUUUUUUUCUUCAUGUUUUGUGUUUGCAUCCUCUUGUAUAUUUUUUUUUUUUUUUGGUGGUAACUAUAUAUACUUUAUUGUUUUUGUUAUGUAAAUUUGCCUUCUUAACCCAUAAUGGAUGUCAAAGUUGAAUUUGUUGAUUGGAAGUGUGAUUCUCUUGAAAU